AUGUUGAGUUUUUGAAAAAUGGGAAUUCUAAACGAGAGACAACGGCAAAACCUUCUCCAUGGAGGGACGUGCAAGAGAUCAGAAGGAACAAUCAGUCCGUGGGAUACCAAAACAAUUCCUGGGUGAAAGAGCUUCUGAUUCACCAAAUAGGAUUCGAUCCAACUCGGUUAAAGCCUUUAGAAAGUCCCGAACAGUACAAGGAAGCAUUAUCAAACGAAGACAAAGAAAAAGGCAUUGUUGCUAUUUUUGAUGAAACUCCUUAUCUCAUGCUUAUGCUUUCCCAAUGCCCUUCUUGCAAGAUGACAGGACCAAUCUACAAAACUGCUGGAUUUGCUUUUGCGUUCCCAAAGAAUUCCACCUUGGUCUCGAAGUUUUCAGUUGCAAUAUUAAAAGUGACUCAAAAUGUGGUGAUGUUUGGUGACAUGAUGAAGAGCAUAUCCUUAAACACUACUAUUGACAAAUCCGAAUUCAAAAGUGGUGUGGAGACACGAAGUUUGACAAUAGAAGACUUUGGAGCCCUUUCCCCGGUAGCAUGUGUUUUAGCUCUCUUCUUCGGCCUUUCAAUUCUGAAACCUCAAUGGCUGCAAAAGAAAUGGAUUUCUUGUUGGACAGUGCGCGGCGGAGGAGUUAUAUAUUGAGUAGCCAGCUGAAAACAUCUGUUAAAACCAUCAUGUUACGCAUGUGUACUUACUGUGAAUAGUCCGAGUGAUAAGAAUAAGGUGAUGAAACACUAAAACUGAAGACCUUUUGAUUGUGACUGGGGUAAAACAAAAAUGAAAU